AAACAUAAAUGGCGAUGGUAACAUCAACGAUAUGAGAGAAGCAGUUUAUCAAGUUGGUGUCUUUCUCGAUCAACAUGCAAAAGGUGUUGCCAAAGCAUCAAGAUCAAAAGAUCGUCAUUUCUGGUUAGCAUUCAUGGGAAUUGCAAUCACAGGCUUCCUUUCUGCAACUGAUAUGACAAUCAUUGCUCCAAUUUUACCAACGAUUGCAGGUGAUAUGCCACCUUCAGAUAUAAGUCCAACUUGGAUCACAUCUGCUUUUCUGUUAGCAAUGAUGACUUUUCAACCUUUAUGGGGUGGUCUAUCUGAUGCUUUUGGUCGUCAAGGCACCCUUUUAGCUUCUAUAGUCAUUUUUCUUGCUGGUUCAAUUCCUUGUACCGUUGCAAGAUCAAUGUUAACAAUGGUUGCCGGAAGAGGCUUACAAGGUGUAGGUGGUGGUGGAAUGCUUGCGAUUGGUGAAGUGAUGUUGUCGGAUAUGACAACAUUGGCAGAAAGAGGUUAUUUCUUAGGUUUGCUUUCUAUGGCUUUUGCCGUGGCUGCCAUUGCUGCUCCUUUGGUAGGAGGUGUUUUUGCUACACAUGGAGGCUAUCUUGGAUGGAGAUGGUCUUUCUUGAUCAAUUUCCCCAUCGGUGUCGUUGCUCUUGCCUUUGUUCUUUCGUCAAACAAGUUCAAGCCACCACCAAAGUUGACAAUGCGAGAGAAAUGGGCACAUUGUGAUGCUACUUCGGCCUUGAUCUUAUUUGCUUCAACUCUUUCGCUCUUGAUCGGAUUGACAAGAGGUGGUGAAGAGUAUGCAUGGAACGAUGGAAGAGUGGUAGCACCGUUGGUUUGCGGUAUUAUUGGACUGAUCGGCUUCUUUGCUCUGCAAUGGCUACCGUUCAAGUUCUUACGCUCAUGGUUCUUGGCACCGAGACCAGUUUUGGAUCCUGCAAUGUUUUUCGGAAAAGGAUUAAGGACAAGUUCAAUUUCGUUUAUUCUGACAUUUUUGCAUGGUAUUUUGUUGUAUGGAGCUAUUCAAACACUUAUUCUUUAUUUCGAAACAAGAGAUGCAACCCCAUUACGUGCUGCCAUCAAUGUUCUGCCCGCAAAUGUCCCUUCUACACCAGCAGCAUUUAUUGCCGGAGUCUUGAUGGCAAUCACUGGUCGUUAUAAGUCACUGAUUAUUGGUUCUCAAAUUCUCAUGUUGGUUGGAUUGGGAAUGUUUGUCUAUUUGGACUCUUUCUCUCCAACGUAUCAAUGGGUCAUCUUUCAAUUAAUCGCAUCGUUAGGAAUUGGUGCAAUGUAUACACUAGCACUUCCUCCAAUUCAAGCAAGUUUACCUCCAGCUUAUCUUGCCCGUGCAACUGCAACAUUUGCUUUCGUUCGUUCUUUCGGUGCAAUUUGGGGUGUCUCAAUCACUUUGGUUGCCUUUAGCGCUCAAGCAAACAAAGAAUUGGACAAGGUUUCAGGAGCUAGUGCAAUUGGCAAAACAACUUCAAUCGGUUCUACUGAAAUCAGGAACGCAUUUGAUCAAUCGCUGCGAGUUGCAUUUUCCGUAUUAGUACCUUUUGCCGCAAUCGGUCUGUUUUUGGCAAUUUUCAUCAAACAUAUUCCUUUGCCGAAUUUCAACACAUCUGAAUAUGGUUUGCAAGAACAGGAACAGGGUACAGAAAAGAAUUCAUCACCUCAUAAAAAGGCCGAAGAAGGUACUUUGCAAACCGGCUUCGAACGCUCUCACACGGCUGGUACCAGUGAAUUAGACUCUGCUUUCAGUUCGCCAAAAGUGGGCGGUCGACUUUCUACUAAUCAGGAACCUACUUCAAUUCCUUUGCGUAGGUCUGACAGUUUCUGGCAUUAA